CAAGGGUGUGUAGACUGGACACCGAGCUGAGCUCCUUGGGUCAUUGCCUCCACCAUCUCACGAGGUAAGAUCGCUAGGAUAGGGGUCGCUGUACUCGUGCAGUGAUAUAUAUCUUCGCUGGUUGUAAGCUCAACGCGAAGCUGCGUUCUUCUUGGCCAGAAAUACACAGCAUGGAGCACCGGAUCGGUCCUCUACAUUACCUGGACAAGUAUCAUGUGCCUCACAGUAGCUAUCGAUGCCAUUGUCUGGAGCAACAACAUUACAGAUUGGGCUCCCGUGUGGUGUGACAUUGCUUCUCGCCUUGCCGUUGGUGGCGCGGUCGCUAUCCCCACUGCCACACUAUGCAUAACCAGACGGCUGUACCAGAUACAGACCCUGACGUAUAGAAGGGAGCGGGCUUUGUUCGUCGUAGCUGCAGAUCUAUGCAUGGGUCUCGGUAUUCCAGUAUUGUCCAUAGCCAUAUACUAUGUUACCCAGACAAAUCGUUAUCUUAUUGUGGAGAAUGUGGGCUGCUAUCCGGCAAUCGGAGCGUACGGAGCCAGUAUUAUCCUGAUCCACGGGUGGCCGCUGGCAGCUACCAUUGUUUCAUCCAUAUACUCUGGUCAGUCUUUGUACAACAUAUAUGCAAGCAUAGUUAACCUGGUAAAUAGUUCUCGCCAUUAGUAUUUCUGUCAAACGACGUCAUGUGUUAGAGAAAGUCU